GUUUCACACUGGCGAGAAAGACAGAAAUUGGAGAGAGUUCCAUACUGGUGAAAUAUCAGGGAACCUGCAAAGCCUACAAACUGGAGACGAAGACAUACAGGGUUUUGAUUUUGGAAAUUACCACUCGCAAUCUGGAGAAGGCUCAACAUAUGCCAUGGCAUAUGAUACUGAAAGCACAGAAUUUGGGAGCCAAAAGAGAGAAGGGGAAAAUGUUGGUUCCGUAGCCACUCCACAUGGAAACUUAAAAUUGUAUAAUGAUAUCACUGAAAUGCCUGAGCCCAGUGUUGUUUUAGAGGAUUAUCCAUGUCAUGACUGCAAAAUGAUAUUCCCAACUCUCGCCUGUAUGGAGUAUCACACCCAGGUUGUCCACAGAUUCUUCUGUGAUGUUUGCAAUGCUCGAGUAGAAGGUGAAGAGAACAUUGAAUCUCAUGGGCUUAAACACAAAGAGAGCAAACCAUUUCAGUGUCCAUUGUGUUAUAAACUAUUCAAUUCCCUCAGUGGACUUGGUCACCACAACAGCAAGCUGAUUCAGUGCAAAGUCUGCAAUAAACGCAUCAAGAAAGGGGAACGUAGUCGUCACCUGAAAUUACAUUUGAAGACCUAUUUUGGAAAAUGACCGUAUUCAUUGUUGAAUAUUUAGUUUCGUACCAAAAUGUAAGCUUCUAAAAGUUUCCAAUCAUUACAUAUUGUUCAUUUUACCAACAAAUGAAAUGUUUGUUUUUUAAUUUAUUUAUUUAAGGGGAUUUCCUAGAAGCAUUGCGCUUAUUGAGGGGCUCUCCUCUCUAUGUACUUAAAUGACAUUAGAG